AUGCUGAAAGACUCGUCCUCGACACUGCAGGACAUGACCGACGCCGCGCCAUACUUUGAGAAGGGCCGUGACGACGGCCGCGAUGACGACGAGAGCACUCUGCCCGCGCUCUCGAUCUUGCCAGAUACCAAGACUCUCGCCUCGACUGAUCCCGACCAACCCGUCACACCACGCACACCGGACAUCGGACCACCUCCCGAUGGCGGACGCGAAGCGUGGCUCUGCGCCUACGCGGGCGGGUUCGUCACCUUCUGCCUCAUGGGCUUUGUCUGUUCUUUCGGACAGCUGCAGGAGUAUUACCUCCACCACCAGUUGGCCAACUACUCCAAGUCGACCGUAGCGUGGAUCGGAAGCGUGCAGAGCUGUCUCGUCUUCUUUCCCUCGGUGAUCUGGGGUCGCGUGUUUGACGCGUAUGGCGCGACGCCGCUCGUGCGCGUGGGCUCGAGCCUCGCUGUUGCCGCGGUCAUCGGCAUGGCCUUCUGCAACGACUAUUACCAGUUCUUCCUCGCCCACUUCCUCUUCGGCUUUGCGAGCGGUAUCAUCUGGCCCACCGUCACCGCUAUCGGUGGACACUGGUUCUCGACCAAGCGCGGUGCGGCCAUCGGUGUCAUUGUUGGCGGGAGUGGUCUCGGAUCCAUCGUCUUCCCAAUCAUGCUCAAACAUCUCCUCCAGAUCGUAAGCUUCCGCGACUCGCUUCUCAUCGUCGCGGGCCUUAGCGCGGUCCUCAUGGCACCGUCGUGGGUGCUUGUUAAGAGCCGCCUGCCAAAACGUAAGCCCGUACCGUUGCGGCGCCUCGCCCAGCCUUGGAGCGAUGUGCGGUUCACCUUCUUCGCCAUCGGGUGCGCAAUGUACAUGUUCAACUGGAUGAGUCCACUGUUCAACGCGCCCAUCAUCGCAACAGCAAACCGCGUCAGCAAGCCCGUAUACGACUAUGCCAUUGCGAUCAUGAGCGCCGGCUCGUUCCUCGGACGAACGCUGUCCGGGAUCAUGGCCGACAAAUGGGGCGUGUGGAACGUGUUCGGCACGACGUCAUUCGCGACCGUCAUUGUCAUCCUUGCAUUCUACGUCGCGUGCCCCAUCCCAGAAGGAGCCCUCAUCGUCGGAUAUGUCCUGUACGGAUGGAUCUCGGGGGCGUGGCUCACCCUGGUUUCGGCUGUGAUUGCAACAAUCUCGCCAGUCGAGGAGGUCGGCAUGCGUAUCGGUAUCGCAUGGAGUGUUUGUGGACCAACCAUGAUUGCAGGGCCACCAAUCUGCGGCGCCCUCAUCCAAGCAGCCGGCGGACUGAGGUUCACUUACGCGGCCAUCUUCUGCGCCGUCACAUUCACCCUCGCCUCGGUCCUAUCCAUCGGACCACGUAUGCUCGAAGUCACAUCCCACCACUACCACAAGUGGCGCAACACACCCGAACCCCCUUCUCCAGCACCCGAGGACCUCGUUUAA